AGAGGAACGUGGUGAGAGGUGUGGCAGCAACAGCAAUAUUAAUCAGAACCAUUAGUUUUAUCCAUGUACAGAAGAUUCUGCAGCCCGAAUGGUCCCUGAAAUAAAUAUACCUACUACGCCCUCCUCUCACUCCCCUCACUACUACCCAGGUACUACUACAACAACUAUGACCCAAAUACGCCAACCCUACACCCUCUUUCCUUCCCAAGCGCCUCUAACUCUAAAGAGAGAGACUAAAUAAAAUACAGAGGUAGUAGUUUUCUUCCUCAAGUCUUGAAGCCAAGGAAUAGGAAAGAGUGUUGUAGUUUUCUUGAUUUUCUCCUGUCUUGCUUGUUUUAAUGAUGAGUGCUACAACUAGUGCAAGGAGCAGCAGCAGGUUCCCUUUCACUGCAUCCCAGUGGCAAGAACUUGAACACCAAGCUCUCAUCUUCAAGUACAUGGUUUCUGGGACGCCCGUUCCUCCUGAUCUUCUUUACACGGUCAGAAGAAGCUUGGAUUCUUCCCUCUCCUCCAAACUCCUCUUCCACCAGCCCCAACUGGGUUGGAACUCAUGUUUCCAGAUGGGUUUCGGGAGGAAAAUAGACCCAGAGCCAGGAAGGUGCCGCAGAACAGACGGGAAGAAGUGGAGGUGCUCGAAAGAAGCCUACCCCGAUUCCAAGUACUGCGAGAGGCACAUGCACAGAGGCAGAAACCGUUCAAGAAAGCCUGUGGAACAACAACUUAUCACCACACCAAUCCCACCACCCCCAAUAAUAUCACCAUCUUCUAUCUCAAAUAACAACACAUCAUCCACAGCCACUCCACCAACAGCAAUACCCAUUACAUCAAUUUCCAAGAACCACCCCCCAUCACCCUCUAGUCCCACCUCUCAUCACUCUUUCUCUUGUCUCACCUCAUUAGCUACUUCUUCCGAAUCCCAACCCCACCACCACCACCACCACCACAACCAUGGCACUGGUAUCAACCAACCCGGCUAUGCUCUUCAUCAUCCUUUGCUGUAUCCCCAUUCAUCCUGCGUUAGACCUCCAGGGACUAGUCAUGAUCGUAUUUCAUCUGAAGAAAACUCCACCAACUAUUUUCUAGGUUCUGGCCCUUAUUCUCAAGCAAGCAAAGGCUACAGCAGCUACGGUCAAGGAGGGAAAGAGGAAGUGGAUGAGCAUGCAUUUUUCUGUGAAGCUUCAGGGACAGUGAGGAAUCUUUCAGGCGGUUCAUCAGUAGUAGAUCAUGAUGGAACUUCUUCUUGGCAACUAGCACCUCUGACGAUGGGUUCGCCUUCAGGCAGCCAUCUGAAGCAGAGGUCCUCUUACUCAGUUAGCAACGGAGGCCACUCUUCUUACUUGCAACUUCAAAGCCUUAAUCAUGACAACGACUACAACACUACUUCUAGACAACAAAAGCAAGCUAGCCAGCAGCAAUACUAUGGAUUAGGGGAUAGAGAUGACCAUCAGAACAAGAGAGUAAUGCACCGUUUCUUCGAUGAAUGGCCUCCCAAGGAUAACAAAGAUUCAUGCUGGCUUGAUAAUAAUGAUCAUCAUGAUCAUAAACUGUCAAAAAUCCAGCUUUCAAUUUCCAUGCCAAACGCUUCUUCACAUCAUGACUUCUUCAUGACCCGAAAUGAAAAAAUGAGGUCUGAAUAGUGGAUUUCUGAAUCAAAAGGCCAAAAAGUACUUAAAAUGGUGGUGGGGUUGGUGAAUUAUAUGUUCCACCUUUUUGUACACAGAUAUGUAGUUGAGGUCUGAGAACUGUUACUUUUUCAAUUUGCAACUUUGUACUGAACUUUUAUUCCCAAGUAAUAUGAGUAUUGCAAUCUAGUAUUAGUAGUUA